AAACUCGAAGUUUUCGCAAAAUAUUGACCAUUGGCCACAUUGCCGUAGACACGUCAUACGUCUCCGUCGGCUACAACAACGUCACCUACGCGCAAUCCUCCGCAUUUCCUAUCAACAAAGAGUAACGAAUGACGAAGUUCUGACGAGAGCCAACUCCAUGGACAUUGAGAUUACCUUCGCCAAAAUGCAGCUAAGGUGGCCUGGUCAUGUUGCUCGCAUGGCAAACAAUCCAUUACCUAAACAGCUACUCUUUGGAGAGAUCGCUGAAGGAAAGGGACGUACUGGUCGUCCGCUCCUGCGUUGGAAAGACUCUCUCAAAUACACUUUGAAAACAUGUCAAAUUUCAAUAGAUAAUUGGCAGCUCGAAGCGACGGAUCGAUGCGACUGGAGAGACAAGUCACGUAACGGUCUGAACAAGAUGGGUGAUUUGAGACGGCGGAGCAACGCUGUUAAACGAUCAAGACGUCACGCUGCCAGGAACGCCUCCACUGUCGCAGACUCGGGAGAAUUUCGUUGCCAACACUGCAACAGGACCUGCGCAAGCCGCAUUGGCAUGUAAAGUCACGAGCGCGCUUGUGGAAGUCAGUGAACUAGAUGGACAGUUGCAGGCAGCCAUCGUCGAUUCGACGGGCAGUAUCUCUUUUAUAGUGAAUAAUUUGGUCUCAAAUUUGAAAUGCCGAUGGUUUCUUGACAGAUCUUCUUCCUUCUCGCUGCGUAUAUUAUAUGUAUGCCACUGAAAAAUAUGAUUAGUCACUACAGCUCACUAUAUAGAUCAGUAAUUAUUCCUACUAAAUGCUGAUGCAGCAAAAAUAACUAAGUCCAAUAUAUGUAAGACGACAUUGAAAGAGCAAUUACAACUUAAAGGGCAUCUUUAGUAUUCGCUUAUUGACUGGCGGUAUGCUUACUGUUAGGCAAUACGAAUUAAGCUUUGUUCUUUUUGUUUUGAGUCUCAUAAACUAAAGUGUUCGGUGAAAGAUGAUUUUCAAACUGCCGUUGUCAAUAAACGUUCAUAUCUUGUGGAUAUAUUUGAUCGUGAUUUAUUGUCGUGUGAAUUGUUUUCUGGUGAACGUGACGAGGAACAGACAAGAUGUAUUUUCUUAUCCUAGUUUGUCUAUAGGCUGUCAUAAAAUCUGUGAAGAACGAAAUUCGAGGUCGACUGUGAAAAAUCUUCACAUAUGUAGAUGUAAAUGUGAACAAAAUCACAGCACAUUUGUCAUUUCAAAGCUGAAAUGCGUUGCGGAUUCCAUGCUUCGCAAUACAGGACACGGAGACAUGUUUUUUCAACUAAGCGAGACAGAGUAUGGUAAUGAACGGUUGAAAGUCAUCAGCAUUAACCCAGGCAAAACAUUCAUUCCUUUUAACGUGAAACUGGAAAGUAAGAAAAAGUGUGUCUUGAACAAAAUUGAGACAUUAAGUCACCGUUCAUUAAAACUUUGGAAAUCCGCUAAGAAAGGUUUGAAAUGGAAGAUAAUUGAACUGGAUGAUGAUGACAUCGAGCAAACUUAUACAUGGUUACCUUUAAAAUACGAAGGUUGGAUGUUGCUUAGUUUACAGUGGAGAAAUAAAAGAAGAAAAUACAAAGGACAUAUUAUGCGGUUGAAUAUCUCGUGUAAAAGUAAAAAAAUAACACUGUCGGGAUUUUUGAUUUUCAAAGUGAACGGAACAAUUACAGUUUCAGUAAACGAAACGUUGUCUUUGGCUUUAUCGCACUCCAUCAACCCUUCCAAUACAAGCUUGGUUUCGUCCAUGUCAGUAUUUUCUUCCAAACCUGAAGAUCCCCUCCAGUUUUCGCCUUCAUCGUUGAUACCAUCGUCAUCCUCCAUGAUACCAUUAUCAUCCCAAAUACCACCACUGGCACCUUCAAUGAAUAUUUUGCCGCCUCUAGUAACCACGCCGUUGUCACGUCAUAAUGUGACGUCAUCAAAAUUGAUGACAUCACACCCGUUACAACAUCGAAAUGCUACGAUGACUAAUUUAUUGAUGAACUCGUCAUCAUCAGUCGUUGUUUUUAGUGCAGCCAAGAACUCAUCUUACUCCAUCAGUAAUGCAGUCAUAGGCAUGAUUGUUGUUGCUUGCAUAAUUGCUCUGGCUGUUAUCCUUUUCCUUUUGUAUCUCCUUAAAAGAUGGAAGUUGACUUUUCUAAGACGUACACGCUCGGUUCUCGGACGGAUAAAUCCAAGUUAUCCAAGUUUAUCUAGCGUGCAUAUUCCUGCAUUAAACAAUCCUCUGCACGAUGAUGUAUAUGAAAAUCCUGAUGUUUUAGAUGACGAAAAACGUCGUUGUAAAGCGACUACUUUUGAUUCCGCUGCCUACGGUGCGUAUUUAAUGGUGGAUAAUCCAUCGGAUCAAGUGAAUAAAUCUCGGGAGGUAAAGAGUUUUUACGAUAAUAUACCAAGUGGAUUUGAAGACACGUAUAAAGCGCUAGAUCCAGCGAAGAGAGAACCUUCUGCAAAAGACCAGAGCUUUUUAAAGAGGGAUAACGAGUAUUCGUUGGUUUCCGAUAGCAUCUCAGGUUAUCCUGCUCAAGAGCCACUCUAUGAUGAGGUGAAUAUGCAACAUAGUGACUUGAAUGUUGCUCCCACGCCCCCUCCUCUCACAUUCAGAAAGACGUCCUCUGUCACAUCACAGCCAUUAUACAAUGGACUAGAGAACAGUCAAGCAGUCAAGAAGAGUGGCGACGAUGUCCAACCAUCUUUUCCUGAAACUGAGCCUAUCUACAAUAUAGUUGAUAACAACAAGUUGUUGCAAAAUGACGAAACUGAAUCCCCAAUUGCUUCGAGAAAAGCUUCCAAAGGUUCUGCUGCAGAACUAGGCAACAAUGAUCUUGGAAACGACAACGUGGUCUCUAUAGAAAAUGAAGGUGUGAUGGUUUCUUUACCAAGUCUUGGCGAGCUCAAGAAGCGUGAUAUGAAAAAUGAGUCAUUGGAAAAAAUUGAAAAAAAUGUAAAAAUCGAUGAAAAUAAUUCCCUGUCCCGUGACACGCCGAUGACUUUCAGUCAGAACGCUGAGCUAACUCCCGAAGGAUUGGAAACAGCUGAUGAAGUAAGAAUACAUUUUGAAAAAAACGAGGAUGAUGAUAACAUAUCCCAAACUCUCCCUAAAGCCACUGAUGAUGACAACAUACCCCACGCUGUCCCUAAAGCUACUGAUGAUGAUAACACAUCUCACACUGUCCCUAAAGCUACUGGUGACGAUGAUAACUUAUCCCACGCUGUCCCUAAAGCUACUGGUGACGAUGAUAACAUAUCCCACACUGUCCCUAAAGCUACUGGUGACGAUGAUAACUUAUCCUACACUGUUCCUAAAGCUACUGAUGACGAUGAUAACAUAUCCCACACUGUCCCUAAAGCUACCGGUGACGAUGAUAACAUAUCCCACACUGUCCCUAAAGCUACUGGUGACGAUGAUAACUUAUCCCACACUGUCCCUAAAGCUACUGAUGACGAUGAGAACAUAACCCACAUUGUCCCUAAAGCUACUGCUGACGAUGAUAACAUAUCCUACACUGUCCCUAAAGCUACCGGUGACGAUGAUAACAUAUCCCACACUGUCCCUAAAGCUACUGGUGACGAUGAUAACUUAUCCUACACUGUUCCUAAAGCUACUGGUGACGAUGAUAACAUAUCCCACACUGUCCCUAAAGCUACUGGUGACGAUGAUAACUUAUCCUACACUGUCCCUAAAGCUACUGGUGACGAUGAGAACAUAACCCACAUUGUCCCUAAAGCUACUGGUGACGAUGAUAACAUAUCCUACACUGUUCCUAAAGCUACUGGUGACGAUGAUAACUUAUCCUACACUGUCCCUAAAGCUACUGGUGACGAUGAUAACAUAUCCCACACUAUCCCUAAAGCUACCGGUGACGAUGAUAACAUAUCCCACACUGUCCCUAAAGCUACUGGUGACGAUGAUAACUUAUCCUACACUGUUCCUAAAGCUACUGGUGACGAUGAUAACUUAUCCUACACUGUCCCUAAAGCUACUGGUGACGAUGAUAACAUAUCCCACACUAUCCCUAAAGCUACCGGUGACGAUGAUAACAUAUCCCACACUAUCCCUAAAGCUACCGGUGACGAUGAUAACAUAUCCUACACUGUUCCUAAAGCUACUGGUGACGAUAACAUAUCCCACACUAUCCCUAAAGCUACUGGUGACGAUGAUAACAUAUCCUACACUGUCCCUAAAGCUACUGGUGACGAUGAUAACAUAUCCCACACUGUCCCUAAAGCUACCGGUGACAAUGAUAACAUAUCCCACACUGCCAUCAUCAUCAUUUACAAACAAAUAUCCUCCACAGUCCCUAAAGCUACUGGUGACGAUGAUAACUUAUCCUACUCUGUUCCUAAAGCUACUGGUGAUGAUAACAUAUCCCACACUGUCCCUAAAGCUACCGGUGACGAUGAUAACAUAACCCACGCUGUCCCUAAAGCUACCGGUGACGAUGAUAACAUAUCCCACACUGUCCCUAAAGCUACUGGUGAGGAUGAUAACAUAUCUCACACUGUUCCUAAAGCUACUGAUUACGACAACAUACCCCUUACAGUCCCUAAAGCUACUGAUGAUGAUGAUGACUUAUCCUCCGUUGUCCCCAAAGCCACUGUUGUAAACAAUGAUACUGAUGUUGAUUCCUAUUCGAAGAAACCUUAACUCGUCCCGAAUCUGCAUCUUCUACUGAUGAUUUUGCUGAUAGAAUAUUGAAAUCUAAUGAUCACCAUAUCUUUGACGAUUUCUUGGAAAAUGAAGAGUCGUGCAGAGAAAAUACAGAUGAUGGAGAAAAUUGAUGGAGAAAAUAGACGAGGAAGUCAAAUUGCUGAACACAGCGAAUGACGUUAUCACAGAAUCUCGUGAAUUGGAAGAAGAAUCGAUGAAUGAAUCGGAGUGUUCUACGCUCCAAAAUAUUUGAUUUAAAAUCUGUAGUAUGAUCUGGUCGUUCAUUCAUAUAUAAAUAGAAAAUUAAAUACAAAUUUUUCAUCAAAUGGAAA